AUGAAAUAUGCACCGGCCAAGUUUCGGGUAUAUCUCUUAGGAGAUAGGACCUUCAUCACUUGUACCGACCAUGCGUCGUUGCGCACGGCCGUAAACAGUCCACACCUCUCGCAACGAAUGACGAGGUGGCUGUCUUUCUUCGCGGAGUACAACUUCUCCGUCGAGUGUAAACCAGGACGACUUAAUGUCGUCGCUGAUGCUCUUUCGCGUCGGCCCGAUUUCCAGCCGACUGCUCAACCCAACAGCAGGGAUGAUCCCACUGGAGCAACACUAACAGUGAGUGUUCCGUCGUCGAAUCUGCUCGAUGAAGUGCGAAAAGCAUACAAAGAAGAUGAGUCUCUUCUGCGGUUGAUGGAUUACGUAUCCAAUCCGUGUAAUCAAGAAUUGAAAAGCUUGUCGCCUCAAUACCGCUCUUCAACCGAACGGUAUUCUGUUCGUGAUGGACUGCUGUACUAUACAGCAGACAACGGCGGCACACCUCCUGUCGUCGUUCCGGCUCAUAACGAUUUGCGACUGCGCAUCAUGUAUGAGUGUCACGAUGCCCCAACAAGUGGGCAUCGCGGUAGAGAAAAGACUUACCUCAUGGUGAGUCGUGACUUCUACUGGCCCCGCCAGUAUGAGCUCGUGCGGAAAUGCAUUCCCACUUGCGAAGUUUGCUAG